AUGCUAAAUUAAGUAUUGUAGGUGAUCGGAGUCACCCAAAAUGAAGAAUAGCAAAUGGAAGCCAUCUAUAAUGAUUUUCAGAGACCUCCCAAAAUAGACAUUGCAUUGAUGCAUGCUGCUGCAACCAAAUUUGCUAAAACUGAUCCUAAUAUUGAUCUGGACAAAACCAAUGUUUGUCCAUGUUGUGGAUUGCCCACCGUAAUAGAAGAACUACCUCUAUGUUCAUCUCGAAAAGAAUUCAGUUUCAAUGGUUCUGGAAUUGCAUUAUAUUUUGAUUUCCUUGUCUUCUCCGGUGUCAUUAUAUUUUAGUAUAUGUACAAUAUUGCAAUUAAUGCAGAGCUAUAAGUUGUGGAUACAACAUAUACAUCAACAUGCAAGGACAUAGGUGUGAUAACCUAGACGAUAGUAGAACCGACAAAUGCUAGUUAAAUUUUUUCAACGAAUUUUCUCUUACCAAUGAUGAUGGGUAACUGUUUCUCACUACUUCUAGAUAGUUGGACAAUAUCCGAAGCCUUUUGAAUUUCAUCUCUCUCAUUUGCAUCCUAUUUACUACUCUACUUUAUAGGAGACACAUCAAUAAAAUAGCAAUGGAAUUGGAUGACGCAGCCAUCUUGGCAUCUGAUUAUUCGAUCUUUGUAGAAAACAUUCCUAGGGAUGCAAAGGAAAAUGAGUUGAACUCCUAUUUUACACAAACCUUCUAAAAUGAAACUGUGGAAUUGAGGAAACUAUGCAUAGCAUAUGAAAUACAACCUUAUCUUAAAUUGAAUAAGCAGAAAUAACUUAAGGAAUCAGUACUGACAAAAGUCCUAGAAUUAGAAGCCGAGGGCAAGUCAAUUCCUAAGUCUAUCCCGUCAAGACUGCAAUUAGAAUCAGAAAUAAGUACAAUAUCUAAAGAAUUGGAUUACAUGGAAGAUCAUAAAGAAAAAAUAUUUGAUUUUAGUGGUGUUUGUGUUAUCUCCUACAAUUAUGAGAGAUAGGCCGAUAAUGUUUGUAAGACAUUUAAAUGUACUAAAUUUUAAAUUCUACUUGAAUAAAUGGGAUUUGAAUAAAAACAUUAUCAGAAGUAUCGCAACAACAGUCUAUAUGUGAAAAAGGCACCUGAACCUGGAGAUAUCAUUUGGGGCAAUCUUGGCAUUACGAUUAGGGAAUAAUAUAAAAGAACCCUAGUAACCAAUGGAAUGACCUUAUUCCUACUUAUCUUGGGAUUCGGAUGUCUCUUUGGAUUAUCUUAUAUUUAAUCCAUUAUCAACAACUACACCGAAGAAGGAUCUUUAAUUGAUUCAAUCAUUGCCAACAUUAUCGGAAUUGCUUCAUCAAUUCUCAUUUCAGUCAUCAAUAGUGUACUUGCAAAAAUGAUUAUUAAAUUUGUUGAACUCGAACACCAAGCUACUAGAACUGACUACAAUGUAAGUGUAGCAUACAAAAUGGGAGUAGCUCAAUUUCUUAAUACUGCCAUUCUCACUUUAAUUAUAAAUCUUGUGAUAAAGGAUAAAUCUGUGACUCUAAAUCAAGCCAUUUGGUAAAUUGGAGGUCUUAACUCUGAUAUCAUGUUGAUUUUCAUUACCAAUUCCAUAGUCCCAUGGUUCACUCUCUUGUUUGAUGUCAAUUAUUUUUACAAAUUGUAUGUUAGAAACAAAAUUUUAAAAUAAGGAUCCAAUUGUAAAUACACUUAAAAUGAAGCAAACCAGUAUUUUAUUUAUCAUAAUACAAGAGCUUUUGAAGGUCCAACAAUCGACUUAUCAUAAAAAUAUGCUCAGCUAUCCAAAACUCUGAUGUUAGCAUUUCUCUAUGCAUCUUUGUUACCUCUUGGUGUAUGUUUUACCUUUGGAUCUAUAGUUUGUAUUUAUUGGACUGAGAAAUUUCUACUAUUAAGAAGAGACUCUAAACCUGCACCAACAGGGAGUGCUAUGGCAGAGGCUAUGAUAGAUUUUUAUAUAGAAUUAAUACUAAUGAUUUUUUCGGUAAUAGAUCCAUGAUAUUCAAUAUAUAGUUAGGCUGUACAUUUUGGGAAUGGAUUAAUUAUGGUGAAGUGCAUAUCCUUACUUGGGUGUAAUUGGGACUUUCCACUUUGCAUUAUUUAGUGCCAAUUCAAUCGAUUUGUGGAUGCAUUGUGGAAUUAGGAAUUGAUAAUGCUACUGUUGAAUCAUAUGAUGAGAAAUUUCUGACUUUCUAUGAUGAUUAUGAUCGUCGGAAUCCUGUAACGGCUGAUGCAGCUAAAGAAAAAUGGAUCAAAAUCUAAUCAGAGACAAUACAAACAGCGCAGCAGAGUUCAAAAAAGUAUCUGAUCUUUUAAUUCCUAGUCUUACCAUCAAAACUUAUCAUCAAAUCAAUCAUACUAGUAUAGGAAGCAUAAAAGUGUACCCAAUAGAAAGUAGAGAUAGCAGAGAUGAAUUGCAACAAUUAAAGAUCUGA